ACUGAUGUAACUCCAGACUCCAGUUUUGGGAAAAAAUCCAAAAAUACACGCAUUAUUAAAAAAAAUCCCAAAAUACAUACGUUAUAAAAAAUAUUCUCAAUCUACACAUGUUUGGGCUUCACCGCGGUUGUCAACCGCAGUGAAUAACAUCACCGCGACCGUCAGCCGCGAUGAAUGCUUCACCGCCAAUGUCCGAAGCGGUGUCAAUUCACCGCUGGUGUCCCAAACGGUGAUGGACUAAUUUGGGUAUUGGCCAAAAGUCCAUGGCUGGAGUUGCUGUUGCGUUGGCACUUGACUGAAAUGGAGGGAAAAAAUCCUAGUACUUUUGGGUGCUUGAUCGCCAUCGCACCCAGCGUCGACCACAACCGUGUCGGAUGCUUGAAAUCCUUCGCCGGCUCAGGCACCGCCGGCCCCGGAGAAACUCCAGCGCCCUCGACCGCACGUCCACGCUCCGCCACGAUCUCCGAUGCUCCGUUGGUGGGAGGACCAGGAGGAGCAGUUCUUCUUCUUCUUGUUCUUAUUCCGGUUGCGGUUGGCGUGGUCGCCGCCGCCGCCGCAGCUUCAUGAUGUGUCGUCGAGCAGAGAUGUGGUGGUUCAUAAUCAACAACCCAGAACCACUAAUUAUAUACCUCUUGCCAAAACAAAACAGAGGUCCAUCAGCUGCAACCAUUGGAGUUUACAGCUCCCCCCUCCAAGAACUCGCCCCUACAACAGGGAACUCGAACCAGAACCAUAAGAAGAGGAAGCCACCCAAAUUAGGACAUCACCGCUUGGGACACCGGCGGUGAAUGGACAGGGUGAUAUUCACCGUUUCGGACAGUGGCGGUGAAGUAUUCAUUGCGGUUGACCGCCGCGGUGAUGUUAUUCACUGCGGUUGACGACCGCGGUGAAGCCCAAACAUGUGUAGAUUGGGAAUAUUUUUUAUAACGUAUGUAUUUUGAGAAUUUUUUUUAAUAUCGUGUGUAUUUUUGGAUUUUUUCCCCAGUUUUGUAUGGGAUAUGCCUAGCUAGAAAGGAUGUUUCCAGCACUUUUUUUUUUACAACAUCACCUUUUUCUUUUGGUGAAAUGGAAAAGAGUCUAAUUCAUUAAAAAAAAAAAGAGAUCCAUAAUCAUGAGUAAUUUGAGGAAACUGAUACACAACUCAUACUCUUGAAAUCUACAAAUUCCCAAACAAUUAUGCAUGAGUAAUUUUUACUCUAUAUGUUGUUUUUUUAUGUAAACAUGGGAGAUAUCGACUUCCUAUUAUCUAUCAAGUAGGUUUGUCAAAACUCUUAUUGAUGUGUGUACAUAGGGAAUAAGCCAAAUAAGAGUUCAAAGACAACAUAAAAUGCACAACAAGAGUUUACCUAACUAUACUCUCUAGUGUCCACAAUCCCCAAAUUAACUGGGAUUUGUUGUUUGUUGGAUUUGAAUAAUUAGGAUUUUGGGUAAUAAAAUAAUCUUAGAAUUUAUGAUGAAUUUAUUGAAUUACGGAUUUGAAGAGUUAAUUUCUUGCAUGAUAGAUUUUAUUAUAUAUUUCUGAUGAAUUUAUUACAUAUAUAAAUAACCAUUAAUGAUUUGAUUCGUGGAUCCCACAAAUUAGACACCCAUCAACAAACAACGAACGUAUAUUAAAUUUAUCAAAUUUGAAAUUUGAUUAAUCCAAAUUGAACAAGCAAACGACCCGUAAAACUUCUCGGCCAUGCCUCUCAACUCCCCUCUGAUGACAGACCAAACAAAAGGUUCAUAGCAAUUACGGCUAGGAACACUCUCCGCAAUCUCAGAAGAGCAAGCUCAUACAAUAGCUUUUCAUUGUUGAUGUCAUCUAUUAAAAUAUGCUUUAAAUU